GCAAUGACGACUUUACUCUUCAAAUCAAUGAAUACUACAAAGAAAAUGAAGGAAGAAUUGCCAAACUCAGCUCGGUUUCUCUAGGCUAGCUGGAUUGAUUUUUUUAGAGAAGAAAGAAGGGAAAGAAGCAAAAAGAAUACAUGGCCUCCCUCAUCCCUCACAUGGUAAAGAGGCUAUGGGAUGAGUGGAAUCUUCGCGCUGCAGUCCUUAUUAGUCUUUUCUUCCAAAUGGUGUUAUUAUCCUUAGCAACAUUUCGGAAACGAACAGGAAACAGAAUAGUGAAUGCCACAAUAUGGUCUGUUUAUCUGCUUGCCGAUUGGCUUGCUGCUUUUGCUGUUGGACUCAUCUCUAAUGGCCAAAGUAAUGACAAUCCUGAUAAAUUCAGAGUAAAUAAAGAUCUUGCAGCAUUCUGGGCUCCAUUUUUAUUGUUACAUCUUGGUGGCCCUGAUAACAUAACUGCUUUCUCCCUUGAAGAUAAUGAGUUGUGGAUCCGGCAUCUGCUUGGGCUUGUCAUUCAGCUUCUUGCUGUUGCUUACGUCUUUUCCCAGUCCAUCCCUAACGUACUCUCAGUUCCCACAAUACUCUUGUUUUUCGCUGGAGCUAUUAAAUAUGCUGAGCGAACUCGUGCUCUAUAUUCAGGUUGCUUGGGUAAUUUUAAGGCUUCUAUGCUUGAUACUGGACCAAAUUAUAUUCCGCUUAUGGAGGAGUACUCAGCUAAUAAAGAUGCUGAUGUUCCGGUUAGGAUAAUAAUAGAGAACGAACCUAGGAGAGUCCUUCAGACUUCUGAAAUUCUAGAUGAAACAGAUUGGACUACUGAAGAAGAAAUAACUCACCUAGAAGUUGUGCAGAAGGGGUAUGAAUUUUUCACCACUUUUAGGGGGCUGAUUGCUGACCAUAUGUUUAGCUUCCAUGUGCCUAAUAGAAGCAGAAGAUUCUUCUCCCAAAUUUCUGCCCAUGAUGCUUGCAGAGUAUUGGAGGUGGAGCUCAAUUUCAUGUAUGAUUCUCUCUACACUAAGAUGGCUGUGGUGCACAGUAAUAUAGGUUUUGUUUUCCGUUUCAUCUGCUCUGUACUUAUAGUGCUUUGUUUUGUGGAAUUUGCAUCACAUCGUAGUUCCGAGAUCAACCAUUUUGAUGUUACUGUUAACUACAUUUUGCUUUAUGGUGCUGUUGGCUUGGAUCUUGUGGCUUUGAUUAAGGUCAUUUUCUCUGACUGGACUGUAGUUGCGCUUAAGAAUCGCAGAAUUAAACGAAUCGUAUCUGCCGUCCGUGACAAGCUGUCAUCCGAUCAAAGGUGGUCUAAUACAAUCUCGCAGCAUAACUUGAUCAAUUUUUGCCUGAAUCAGCGGUGGAGAUGGUUAGAUAUUGCAGCUGAAACCGUUGGACUCAAGGCAUUUCUUGAUGAACUGAAAUACAAAAAGGACUUUGUCAUUCAGAAUAAUUUGAAAGAAUUUAUCUUUGACGAGCUCAGGGGUAAAGCUUACAAAGCAAGAACCACUAAAGUUGCUAAAGAAAUAUACUCGGCAAGAGGUAAAAGUGCUCUGUCAGAUUACAUUGGCUACAGAUCUGAGACCAUGUCAUCAAGUGUAAGUGAGGAAGUUGAUUAUGAUGAAAGCCUGUUGCUGUGGCAUAUUGCCACUGAGCUAUGCUAUUCCACAAGCCCUGAUGAUAAAAAUUCCAAUCGUGAAUUUUGCAAGCUUAUAUCUGAUUAUAUGUUGUAUCUCUUGGUUAUGCGGCCUACAAUGAUGUCUGCAGCUGCUGGCAUUGGACAGAUUCGAUUUCAGUACACGUGUGAGGAUGCUAAGAAUCUUUUCAGCAGGUUGAAGCCAGAAUUAAGGCCAUCAAUUUCAGCAGCCUUCACAUCCAAGAUUACAGCAGCAACCCGACAAAGAGAUGCAUGUGAAAAGCUACUUAAUGAAUGGGAAGUGCUACUUAAUGUAAAUACAGAUGAUAAACCCGAUGCUCUGAAGGGUGGCACAAGAAAAUCGGUGCUUUCUGCUGCCUGUAGGCUCGCAAAGGAUUUGAGAGAUUUGGAGGAUAAUAAAAGAAGGUGGGAGAUAAUGAGCAAAGUGUGGGUGGAACUGUUGUCCUAUGCUGCCGGCCACUGCCGACCAUAUGCUCAUGCUCAGGAGCUCAGUAAAGGGGGUGAGCUGAUUACUUUCGUUUGGAUGCUGAUGGCUCAUUUUGGAUUAUUAGAACAAUUUUGGAUUGUGGCUGGGCAUGCGAGACCAAAAUUGAUUGUGGAAAAGUAGGGAUUAUAAUCAGGUAAAGGCAGAAUAAGAAUUUUCUUCUUGACUGGAAUCAAAUAGAGUUCUUCGGCCAGGAUUACUUCCCCGGCUUGGUGAGUGAUUCUUCUUGUAGAAGAAAAUUUUCAUUUCAGUAUGAUAACUCAAGCUAAUUUUCCUUAUUCAUCGAAAGCUGUUUGUAUAUUCAUCUUGUUUGACAUUAUGGCACUAUUGAAACUCAGCGAGUAUGAACAUUUA